AUGGCCAAGGAGUUUUUGAACCAACUCCUCAAACUAGAAAACAGCAUCAAGUCCGACAGCGCGCGGCCGCGACCCUACCUUGAGCAUGGAAUCACGCAAGGCGAUGGUGCUGAUGAUGCUAGCGACGACGAUACCGACGACGACAGCGAAGAAGAAGAAGACGACGACGACGACGACCAAGGCCGCCUUAAUCGGUUGGCAAGAAACACAAGAUGGUCCUCCCACCGACUCGGCCUCAACUACGCAGCACGCCGACUCGCACACCUGAUCGCGAGACGUGCAUUCCACAUGGACGGACUCCGCGAUUGCACCCAGUGGUCCAAAGCCGCCGUCUCCGUCUUCGUCGCCUCGCACCUCGUCCGCCAUCCUGUGUCUCCGGAGCAGAUCUCUACCGUCAUAGCGAUCACCCGGCGCGCAAUCCUCGAUACGUACAGGCUGUUCUACCCCGAGCGGGAAACCGUCAUCGACCGGGAAUGCCUCUUCCUCUUGCGCGAGGAUCCCCGGCGUGCCGCGGUGGGGAGCCUACCGAGUCUGGCAUGGCCUCCGCCGGGGUACACCGAUGCGUUCUGGGAGAUCAUAGCCUCCAGGCUCGAAAUCGAGCACGGAAGCAAUGUCAUCGAGGUUUCUCGCCAAGUCUUUACGGUAUUGGUGGAUAGACCGUACUUCGAUGCCCACAGUGUUAUGGAUAUUGCAGCUUUGAGUAUCUACCUCGCCUCAUGUUUGAGACAUUCUCCUAUAUCUUGCCGACAGAUAGCCUCAGCGACGGGUGCAAGUGAGGGUGACAUCCGCACCAUUUAUACAGUGUUCUAUCCUCAUCGAGAGGACCUUCUUGAAAAUCGAACGGUUGACAUUAGGCGGACCGACAGUUUCGAGAGUACCCUUAAUCUUUUGCCUCGAGAAGUGCCAUCACAUGUUGAGUAG